GUUGUCUGUGAAGUGUGAUUAUUAUUUUUAUUUACAAAUACAACAUAGUGUUUGUGUUUUGUAAUUUGUAAUCUUGUGAAAGUUAGUAAGGUAUUUAGGUCGAAAAAGAUUAAGGAAAUUGUUCGACGUGAAUCUGAAAUAAUAAUCCAACAUGAGCUGUUUCGAGAACAUCACCAUGCCAAGUUGUGUUUGGUUUGAGAGCGGAGAAAAACGAAACAUAUACGCGUCCAUAUCCUCUGGACUCUUGUUCUUUGCGGGCUGGUGGUUCAUCAUUGAUACCAUAUCAGUGUACCCCGGGGAGUUGCCCAACGCAGCCCACGUGUGCGGAGUGAUGGCCACACUGUCACUCCUCAUGAUCAACUCAGUGUCUAAUGCAGAGGUCCGAGGAGAGACAUACACAGGAGGAUGCAUGGGUCCCCGCGGCGCUAAAGUGUGGCUGUUCAUCGGUUUUGUAGUGGCGUUCGCCUCGCUCAUCGCUUCAUCUGGGUUCCUGUUCGCUAACUAUUUUAGCGCAGGUAGUACAAAACACACUUGGCCGGGAGUGAGUCUGUUUAUGCAGACUGCCUUCAUAUUCGCAGGUUCAUUGGUAUAUAAAUUCGGACGCUCGGAAGAUGUAUGGGGCUAAGUUGAUGUUAGGGUCUUCACUGACUUUGCGUUAAGCACCGUCGCAACUCAACAUAGUACUGGACAAAAGAAUAUUGAAUCAAUUGCAAUACAAUUGAGACAACGACCUCAUAAUGUACCAAUACAUUAUGGUAUAUAGACCCGAUGAUCACUGUCAAUCGCUCGUCCUACGGAAGAUUAAGCUACAACAUCCAAAACCCGAAGACAAACGAUCGCAUCUCGUCCGGAGACCUGAGACCAGGGGCGGACUUUGAUGUAUUACAGAAAUAAAAUUAGUAAAUAAAGAAUUAUUUAAUUAAACCAUGCUAAAUAAUCAUUAUACACCUAUAAAUAAAAUUUAAUAGUACUUGCUCAA